AUGGGACAUAUCGACGCUUCGUUGGUGCCAUUUAAGGGUAUUAGAAAGUGCCUUUGCGUAAAAAGUGGUUAUUUUGAGAUGGAUGCAUCAGAAAGCGAAAGUAGACUGUUAUAGUUGUGUAGAGAGUUGGGGGUUUCGAAUGAUUCCCGCGGUCGAUUCUAUCCGCCAGUGACGCCAUCUGUGAGCGUGCCUCGGAAACUGGUAGUGGUUUCAAGCUCCACGGGGAACGAGCGCGUCGGGUGUCAUACAGAGCGCGGUGCGUCAACGCGUCGAUUACAAGUGAUGGAAUAUUCUAUGCUAAGUGUGGAAUAAUUUCGGUGCUAAACGACGACUUAUACUGAUUGUUGCGAAGUAUGCAAUUGCAGAUCAAAGAACGUCGGAGAGUCACUGAUUAGAGAAGUCAUUAUCAUGCAUUUCGGUGCAGUGGUAUGCUGAGAGAGAACUGUAAUAACAUGUGCCGUCAAAAUUAUACGUAAUUCCUGAAAAUGACAUCGCUUACUGUAAUUCCAUUGGUCACAAAGUUAUCGAGCAAAGUCAUUCGCAUUCUAGGAUGCAAUCCAGGACCGAUGACGUUACAAGGUACCAACACCUACCUCGUUGGCACUGGACACAGGAGGGUGCUAAUCGAUUCCGGAGACGAAGACACUGCACCACAGUACACUAAAUUAUUAGAAGACGUGCUUGAAAAGGAGAAGGCAACGAUAGAGCACUUGAUCGUGACGCACUGGCAUCACGAUCAUAUUGGUGGAAUAGAACCGGUUCAGAAGCUACUGGCAAGCAAAGCGCAGACAAAAUAUCAAUCCCUGAAAAUCUGGAAAUUACCCAGAUCGUUAGCUGACAAAGAGAAUAGCGAGAAUGAUUGCAAUGAACAGUGGACUUCGCUACAGGAUAAUCAAUUGAUCGAAGUAGAAGGUGCCAAAUUGGUCGUAAAACAUACUCCUGGGCAUACGACAGAUCACGCGUGUCUUUUACUUCUGAAUGAUAAUGUUUUGUUCAGCGGGGAUUGUAUUCUGGGAGAGGGUACUACCGUUUUUGAAGAUUUGCAUGAUUACAUGUUAUCACUAGAAAACAUUCUGAAGAUGGCUCCGUAUGUCAUUUAUCCUGGACAUGGUCCUGUCGUAGAGGAUCCGGAUUCACGCAUUCGACAGUAUAUCGAACAUAGGCUCAAGAGGGAAUCUGCGAUUUUAAAAGUUCUUCAAGAUUCUAAGAACCCUAUGACUGAAAUGGACAUCGUCAAAUGUAUAUAUAAGGAAACUCCGGAGUACCUUUGGCAAGCAGCAGCUUCAAACGUGAACCAUCAUCUCCAAAAACUGUUAAAGGAACAUAAAGUUCUAGGUGAAACUGGCAGUUGGUGCAUAGUUACAUGAUCGAGACAAAAAGUGCUACCUAAACUGUGAAAAUAUAUAAACAUUGUUAUAUUGUAUAUAUUUAAGGAAAGAAUUGUAAAUAUAAAUUCGUUGCUUCCUGAAA